GAGACAGAGAGAGCGAGGAUGGAGAAGGUGCUUGUAUAUGCACCAGUGACGAAGGAUGCGGGCCGCUUCCCGCCGCUGCCGGCGCUGCAGCAGUUCCUCGAGGAGGACGAGGCCUCCUACCGGCAACUUGCCCAGCAGCUGUACCCCAGCGAUAAGGCCGAGAGGGUCGUCGCCCUCCGCAAGGAGAAGAAGGAGGCCGAGAAGGUCACAACGAGUGAAGUCUGAGAGUCUGACUCGGUGUGGGUCUGCGAUUCAUUGUCCUCGUUGUGCUGGUUUAUAUGUUGCAGAAGUGGGAGAGGCUGACGGCGGAGCGGGCCGUGGAGGUGAGACAAGCAAAAUUCGCCAACGAACCGCCUCCCAUCAUCUGUUUCCAUUGCUGUUUUGCAUGGCGUGACACGUGUACAGGAGUACCUCUACUAUCGCAUGGGGCUGACGCUGGAGGCCAAGACGGGCUUUGGGGGCCAGGGGAAGGUGUGGCGGGCGGGAGACUACGCCAUCAAAGUCCUCGCACCGGACUUCUCCACGGGAGGGGUACGCAAACGGGCGACAUACAAAGAGAAAGGAUGCAGGCUUUAAGCCUCUCUCUCUCUGUGUCUAUGGGGCAUGUAUGUCAGGAGUAUGCCCGCCACACCUAUCGCAUAUAUUGCGAGCAAGGACUCCGACACUGUCCGUACCUGCCGCGCUACUACUUCUCCUUCAGCGCUGGCGGACGGACAGUGUACGUCAUGGAGUUCCUGAGGGGUACGGACUUAGACGAACGACUUCAUGAGACACGCAUACACAGCACUCAUCUCAUCCAUCCGUAUCUCUCCUGCACCUGUGUGUCUACAGGGACAACCGUGUGGGAGCUCGCUCGCCAGACGGAGGCCGACGCCAAGUGUAUCAUCCGUGAUACACGUACGUAUGAGUGGAUGGAUGGAGUCCGUCAUUCGCAUGACAUUGUCUGUGUUGGCUGUGUUGGCUGUGUUGGCUGUGUGGUCGGUCUUUGCGCGAAGUGAAGGCGCUCGGUUUCCUCCACCACCGCGGGCUCUCACACGGCGACAUGAAGCCUGACAACGUCAUGGUGCUGAAAGACAGGGCGGUCUUGAUCGACCUGGACCACCUGCGCCAUGACUAUUGCUCGGUAAGGUUACAAUGAGGGAAAGAGGGGUGGAGGGACAUGUGCCGUUCUUGUGUGUGUUUCAAUGGUCUGUCUGCAGGGCUCGGGGGCAGCGGAUGAUCUCCGCAAGACAGGUGGGCUGGGCUGCACCACACAUGAGACACACGAGGACACCUGCAGGCAGGAUGUAUGCCUUUUGCUUUGCCUUCUGUGCGUGUGUAUCGACCAGGGGAGGUGCUGUUGAAGGCGCUGGGGGCCGACCCACAGACCAUCGAGCGCAUCGCCACACUCACGGUACGCACACAGAUAGAUAGAUGAAGACACACGCAUUACACACUUGUCUCUGUCUCUUGUGCCGCUUUGCAGACACCACAGUCUGUGGCGGCCACCCUGGCGUCCUUCAUGCCGUACCAGCCGUCCGGGGAGCUCAUCCACUUCAUUCUCGAGCUUUUCCACGGGGACAGCACAGCGCAAGAGGUGAGCAUUGGGACUACACACAUAAAUGUUUGCCAACACACACCGAAUGCUGCACCUAUGUGUGUAUAUGAUGUAGCUCCUCGGCCUUCCGUGGCUGAUUUCAGCACCCCCCGCUCCCGGCAACAUAUCGCAGCCGCCCCCGCCCCCCAAAGAAACGGCCCCGCCCACCUAUGCGUACUUGCGGCCGCAGUCUCAGAGUGAGUGAUGAAUGGAACACAAUAACGAGGGACCACGGGACCACAGGCAGAGUAUCUUCUCAUUGUGUCUCCUUGUGUCGUUGUGUUGUGUCUCUAUAGCUGCCAUGCCCGCCCCUCCACCGCCCAUGUACAUGUCGCUGCUGCCCCUGCCCCGCCAGCCCAUCCCACCACCUCAGAGUCUGCGCAUGCCGCCCCACCACCCCCCACCGCCUCCUAUGCCCAUCCACCACCCACCGCCUCCUAUGCCCAUGCUGCCAAUGGCCUUCCCCUAUAUGCCGCCCCCGCCUGGCAUGCCUCUCCACGUUCUGCCGCCGCCCAUCCUCGCACGAUGAACUCCUCUGCGUCCGUUCGGUCCGUCAUGUCGCAUCCCUCGGGAGCGCCACGACGGACCGAUACGGAUGCAUAGGGGAGGGAAGGAGCGAUGGCGUGAUGAUGAGGGAAGGCCCAACGAGGACCGCUCACCUACCAGUGCUGGAUCGACAUAUCAAGUUGUUAAGGCUGAGGAGAUCAUACCCGCAUCCCGCAGAGGCGGCACCGACUCCACCGAGAAACAACAAGAAGAUAAGAGCCGAGGGAGGGGCGAGGGG